AUGUCCUAUCCGGCGUACUGCGUGCCAUCUCUGCCCUCCAACCGCGCACAGCGUCGCGCACCUGCCUAUCCGCGCCUGACUUCUGCGGCGCGUCGCGAAAUGCCGCAGGUCAGGCGCCCCGGCAUGACCUCUCUCACGCGCCCCGACACAAAGUCCGCGACCUCACUUCCGAGCCUCACGUACCUACCCUCGUACAUGAGCAGCCUCUACCAGUCGUCGAAGGCCAACGCGCUGCACCGCGCGCCUUCGGGGUACCAGUACCAGGCGCACGCGCCGUCCGGGCAGCUGUGCCAGGCUAACAAGACCAACAAAGAGUACGCGCCGCCCCGGAUGGCGUACGUGCAUGACGGCUCUCCCUACGUUGGCGGCUCUCCCUACGUUGGCGGCUUUUCCUACAUCGCCACCCACGGCCUCCCCUACAUCGCGAACAACGGGCUCCCACUCGCCGCCGGGUCGCCCCACGUCGCCAAUCUGCCGCUCACCGACAACGCCUCGAAGCCCACCUCCUUCAUCGUCACGCGCCGGCCGCAGUAUCCGAGGUCGGAGGGCUACUAUUCGGACGACGACGAGGAGGCGCCAUCGAGCGGAGAAGAGGGCUCUCCGGCGUCCUCCUCCAGUGGCGAAGUCUUCUCCUCGCCAUCGUCCUCGUCCGAGGAGUUUUUCUCGGCGAGCGAGGAUGAGGGGGCUUACUCUUCCGCCUCGCCGCCGGCGUCGAACCUCGUCUCGCUCGACGACACCGCACUCAUCCCCUCCCCCGACGACCACCUCAUUUCCUUUGGCGAUGAUUAUUUGUCGCUCACUGAGGACGACGCGAACAUCCUAACUAAGGACAGCGAUGACCGUUCUCCUCCUGGGGACGAGCGCGCCAACUCCGAAGACGGGCACAGUCACUCUGACGAGUCCACCGACUCUGCGGAGUCUGGCGACCCUUCUGAGGUGCUCGUUGACCCCGAGGAGGAGAGGCGACGAGAACGCGGUAUGAAGCGCCUCGCCAUUAUCGCGGAGUACGCCCGGCAGGCCAGGGAGGAGAUGCGUUGUGAGGAAGCUGCUGCGCGGGGCUCGCGCGUCGUCCCGGCGAUGUGCGCGGGGCGCGCGCCCUCGGCCAAGAACCUGCCCAAAGCCGAGGUCCGCACCGCGAUGGUCGCGUUCAUCGCGUCGCGCGGCGAGGGGCGGGCCGCGGGGGCUGACGAGGCAAAACCCGAGAGGGCCGACACGAACGACGACGCGAAGUUCUCGUAUUCCAAGUUCGCGCAGCUCCACGCCCAGCGCGCGCGCCUCGGCUACCUGCAGCGCGCCCGCGCCGCGCCGCACACGGCGUCGCACGCCGAGUACGUGCAGCGCCACGCGUACCUCGCCCAGCUCGCGCACCUCGAGGCGCGGGGCCUCCCGCGCCGCCCGCGCGCUCGCCACCCCGCCCACCCCGAUGCGGCCUACGUCUCCCCGCGCGACCUCGCGCUGCAGGGCCCGCCGCCCGUCUCCCGCGCGCAGAUCGAGUGGGAGGUGCGCGAGGGCGGGCCGGGCGCGGAGGCGUACCGCACGGCGAUGUGGGUGCAGUACCAGCAGGCGAGGGCGCGGGAUGCGAUGGCGGUUGGUGCUUGA